AUGCCUAAACAGGUGUCUUACCAAGACACUUCCACGCCGUGGAAAAAAGAGGGUGAGAGCUCUUUCGCUCCCUCCUGCUCCAGUAAAACCAGCAUGGCCUGGGAAGAACAGGCAGGAGGGGAACCUGUCAAAGACCAGCAUCCUCAAGAUAUGGACAUUUCCACGCCGUGGAAAAAAGAGGGUGACAGUCCCUUUGCUCUCUCCUGCCCCAGUACAACCAGCAUGGCCUGGGAGGAACAGGCAGGAGGGGAACCUGUCAAUGUCCAGCAUCCUCAAGAUGUGGACAUUUCCACGCAGUGGAAAAAAGAGGGUGACAGUCCCUUUGCUCUCUCCUGCCCCAGUACAACCAGCAUGGCCUGGGAGGAACAGGCAGGAGGGGAACCUGUCAAAGUCCAGCAUCCUCAAGAUGUGGACAUUUCCACGGCGUGGAAAAAAGGGGGUGACAGUUCCUUUGCUCUCUCCUGUCCUAGUACAACCAGCAAGGCCUGGGAGGAACAGGCAGGAGGGGAACCUGUCAAUGUCCAGCAUCCUCAAGAUGUGGACAUUUCCACGCAGUGGAAAAAAGAGGGUGACAGUCCCUUUGUUCUCUCCUGCCCCAGUACUACCUCCAUAGCCUGGGAGGAUCAGGAAAGAGGGAAACCAAAAGAAGAAGAAGAGGAUCAGGCAGGAGAGGCUGUGGCUCAGCUUCAGAUCGUCCUCAGCUACCGGCCUCCCAAAGCAACUACCACCUUCCUGUCUGACCUGUCUGAGCUCCUCACCUCUGUCUGCUCCAGGUCUUCCUCCAUACUUCUCCUUGAAGACUUCAAUAUCCACGUUGACUCCACCAGCUGCACACUCACCUCCGAAUUUCUAUCACUACUGGACUGCUUCAACAUCACACAGCAUGUCCAAGGACCCACCCACUCCAAAGGUCACAUGCUGGAUCUUGUGUGCUCCACUGGUCUCACCCCAUUCAUUCCACAAUGCCUGGACCUAGCCAUCUCAGAUCACCAUGCUGUUUUCUUCUCUAUCCCCACCCCCCUCCCCAGACAGCUUACAAAGUGCAACAUCACUUUCCGUAACCUCAAGUCAAUAAGCAUCCCAGCCCUCAAGAACAUAUUAGCUACCAACCUGACCACUGCACACCCUAUAACCACAGUUGAUGCCCUGGCGAAUCACUACAAUACAGCACUAUCCCUCAGCCUGGAUUCUCUCACCCCUCUGAAGACUCGCUCAGUCUCCUUUACCCACCCAGCCCCCUGGUACACUGCUGAACUCCGCUCCAUGAAGGCUUCUGGCCGACAGCUGGAGAGACUUUCCAAAAAAUCUGGCCUCACCACCCAUCUGGAGGCCUAUAAAGAGCAUGUGUGCUCCUACAAAGAAGCUUUCUCCAGAGCAAAGUCCAGCUACUACUCAUCCCUCAUCAGUGACCAGCAAAACCAUCCCCGGAUGCUCUUCUCCACAAUAAAUCGCCAUCUCCGCCCCAUUGACAACCUUCAGCCCCCAGCCAACUUCGACCGCUUGGCUGGAUGGGUCAAGAAGGCCAAGGCAUCCACCUGCUCCCUCGACCCCAUGCCCACACCACUGGUGAAAGCAUCUCUGUCUGUUCUGUGCCCCAUCAUGGUAGACAUCAUCAACACCUCAUUAUCAUCUGGAAUUGUCCCCUCAUCCUUCAGAACUGCCUCAGUAACCCCCAUCAUCAAGAAGCCUGGGUCAGACCCGGAGGACCUCUCCAACUAUCGACCGAUCUCCAACCUUCCCUUCAUCAGCAAAAUUCUCGAAAAAGCAGUUGCUGCCCAACUCCAGCAACACAUGUCCAACCAUGAGCUCCAUGAACCUCUUCAAUCAGGAUUUCGCACACCCCACAGCACUGAGACUGCCCUUAUCAAAAUAACCAAUGACCUCCUCACAGCUGCAGAUUCUGGACACAUCAGCCUCCUCAUUCUCCUUGACCUAACCGCUGACUUCGACACAAUAUCCCACACCAUCCUCCUUGACCGCCUUGAAUCGUCCCAGGCCUACCAUCUUGGCAUCACUGGUACAGCUCUCUCCUGGUUUCACUCAUAUCUCUCACAAAGAAAACAGUUUGUUACCAUCGGCACCUCUCACUCAUCCCCCGCCCCAGUUAACCAGGGCGUGCCUCAAGGCUCUGUUCUUGGACCUCUCCUUUUCACCAUCUACAUGCUUCCCCUUGGACAGAUUAUUCACAAACACGGUCUCAGCUUCCACUCUUAUGCAGAUGACACCCAACUCUAUCUCAGCACCAAACCAUCCACUCAGCUCCCUCCCCACUCCCUGGUAAACUGCCGCCCCGACAUCAAAGCCUGGAUGACAUCUCACCAACUCAAACUCAACAGCAAUAAAACAGAGCUCAUGGUUGCGGCCCCCAAAGCGCUGCUGCAGAAGGUUGGAGAUCUCAUGCUCGAUGUGGACGGGACCUCCAUCUGUCCGUCCUACGAGGUCCGAAACCUGGGCGUCAUCCUGGACUCCACCCUCUCCUUCCAGUCCCACAUAAAGUCUGUCACUAAAUCUGCCUUCUAUCAUCUGAGGAACAUCACCAGACUCUGACCAUCACUCCCUGAUUCUGUGGCUGAAACACUCAUUCAUGCUUUCAUAACCUCCUGCCUGGACUACUGUAAUGGAGUCCUGUCUGGAGUUCCCAGCAAAACCCUGGACAGGCUUCAGUACGUCCAAAACUCUGCAGCUAGAGUUCUCACCCGCACUAGACCCUUGCAACACAUCACUCCGACCCUCAUCCACCUCCACUGGCUCCCUAUCAAGUUCCGUAUCAACUGCAAAGUCCUCCUCCUCACAUACAAAUCUCUCCGUGCUCUGGCUCCCCAGCACCUUUCUGAUCUCCUCCAUCCAUACACACCAUCCCGCAACCUUCGAUCUUCAGACACCGGCCUACUUUCCAUG